AUGACAUAUAAUAAUCAACAACAACAACAGCAACAAAAUACAUUAUUUAAUGAGUCAGACUCACCAUCAUCAUCAAUAUCAAGCAGUACCAGUAGUAGUAGCCAUGACCUGUCAAUGUCACCUCUGUCCAAUUCACCAAGCAAUCAAGAGGUACCAUAUGCAACCGUUACCCAACUAUCCCCAUCAUCCUCGUCAAUUGACAACACUCCCAGGAAGCGUGGCCGUGAUGAUGAUGCCCUCAGUUUCCUUGAUAACUUCACCUCCACACCCACAUCCAAGACUGAACAACAACAACAAUCAAGUGGACGUCUACCAUCAAUCCAUCACCUUGAGUUGGACAACACAAAGAGCAAGUCAGGUCUAGAUGAUGUUGUGUCAAGGACUGGCGGAGAACAUGGUCACAAGAGAAAAUCCAAGACUCCAAAGUUCACACUCAACACUGGAGCACUGGUGUCAAACAAUAGUUCAGUCAAUGUCCAGAGCCAAGUGCAAGGCUAUGGCUCAGUUGCCAAUAAUGAAUACAACACCAACAACUAUCACAACUAUCAACAUCAAUCAUCCAAUAGUAGUACACCUCAGCCAUCAUCACCCACAGCACUCAAUCUCAUGUCUGUCCAAUACGCCAACACAUACAACUCGAACAAUGGUCCAAGCGCCACUGAUUCAUACUUCUCAGGCUCAUCAUCACUUGGCAAUGAGUACUCCAACAACACGCAUGGACAUAUGAUAGGACAGAGCAUGUUACCAACAUCAUCACACGUCAUCAAUGAUACUGCUCCACCAUCAUUCAUGGAUAGUUAUCAUCACUCAUCAUCAUCCAGUAGUAACAUCCUGCUGGAACGUCCACAAUCAUAUUUCAAUUCAGCGUCGACAUCCAAUGUUAAUGUCGGUCCAAAGAUUGGCAGCGCACUUAGAUAUAGUGAUCAUCAACAACAUUCAUUACACACCACGCCCAACACUUCAUCCAACAACUUAUUCUCUCACUAUUCUUAUGAUGCUGCACAUGGUCUACAGUUGCCCAAGAAGACUCAUAGAAGACGUCCAGCCAAUGUAGACAAGUCAACUCUAUAUUGCCAUCACUGCAGCACAAAGACCACGCCAGAGUGGCGUCGAGGACCAAAUGGACCUGCCACCCUCUGCAAUGCCUGUGGUCUGGCCUUUGCCAAGAAACAACGUGAGGAGGAGUCACAGAAGCUCAUCAUGCAGAGUCAACAACAACAAUAUGGCAAUGUACGUACCAGUGCCAAUCAUCAUCAUCACGAGGCGUACACUGCCAGUCAGGUUGCCCUAGGUUAUGGCCAUCCUUCAUCACUACCAUUCAUGUCAUCGUCUUCUUCUGCAACACCAUUGUCCAACUCAUACCAAUCAUAUCAAGCGUCAAAGUCCAACAACUACCUGACAACAUCGCUCCCAUUAAUACCAGUGUCACAUCAACAUCGUCAACAACAGCAACAACAACAACAACUCUCCCUUAUCGAUUCAAGGAGGCAGAUAUUCUCAAAUGGUAGUUAG